ACAACUAGAAGCCAUUAAACAACUGCAAGAAGAUGCUGUCGACCAGGAAGCCAUCCUCAGAAAGAAGGUCCAAGGAGCCAGUCAACGGAUAGAGGAUGCAGAGGAGCAGGUUGAGGACCGAGAGGGCACAGCCCACUCUGCCGGGGAACAGGCGAAGUCGUUGCUGCAUCAGUCAGAGGAAGCAAUUUCAGAACAACUGAGUCUCCAGGCUAUAAAUACCGAGUUAGUGAACACUGGCCAGGCCCUGGAGCAGAAGACAAGGAAACUGAAAACAACGAUCAAGUCACUAAGAAAGAAGUUAAUCCAAGGACAACUCCAUGGCUUGCUGUUUCAGAGCUGUUUAGACGAGGAAUUUCCUCAUUAUGAUCCUUUGUCCUGCACAGAUACAAUUCAACAACGUCUUCAAGAACUGAAGCAGUGUGGCCAUAAACAACAUAGUGGUCAAGAAGCAAGAAUACAUAAGACUCCCCUGACCUUCAAACAUACAUGCUGGUACACACCCCUGCUGGAUGCCUUGGAUCUGGAUAGUCUUACACUAAUUCCAAGACCGUCACUGACCCCUUUCUCAUGUACAGCUAACCAAAUCCAUGCUUCAGGUGAAAGGCCCGCAUAUGGAAAAAUAGAGGAUGGUGCCUUGGAUGUGACUAGAACACACAAGUUCCCAGGCCCUACAAUUGGCCCCCUCCCGGGAACAGAUCUUUCUAAUUCCAUCAAGAUGAAUGAGGACCUAAGUAUGGAAAAUGGUAUUGAACGCUUGACUCCUGAGAGCCUGCCACAGUCCAGAGACUAUCCCACACUAUCAUCUCCUGGACCCACGUCAUCCACUGAGAGUACUGUAACUUCAAGUGACGCAAGUCCAGCUCAUGAGAAUAUUGCACUCCAAAGCUCUGUGAAUGAGAACAAAACCAUGUUAAAUCUGGAAGCCAAAGAGGAAACCAAAACCAUAAAUGAGCCUAGGAAAGAAUGUGUCGCAGGAGACGCUGCCGUUUCCUCUCCUCCUGUAACCACUGUGAAAUCGGUUAACUUUAAACAAAGUGACAACACUUCUGCGAAUGAGAAGGAGGUAGAGGCCGAAUUUCUCAGAUUAUCUUUGGGAUUUAAGUGUGACUGGUUCACCUUAGAGAAAAGACUGAAGCUUGAAGAAAGAACCCGUGACUUGGCAGAAGAAAAUUUGAAGAAAGAAAUCACUAACUGUGUGAAGCUGUUGGAGUUGUUAACACCUCUUUGUGAAGAUGACAACCAGGCCCAGGAGAUCAUCAAGAAGCUGGAGAACAGUAUAACGUUCCUCAGCCAGUGCACAUUACGAGUGGCCAGCAGGGCUGAGAUGUUGGGAGCCAUUAAUCAGGAAAGCCGGGUUAGCAAAGCAGUUGAAGUAAUGAUUCAGCACGUAGAAAACCUGAAGAGAAUGUAUGCCAAAGAACACGCUGAAUUAGAAGAACUGAAACAGGUUCUUUUGCAAAAUGAAAGGUCGUUUAACCCUCUGGAAGAUGAAGAUGACUGUCAAGUUAAAAAACGCUCAGCUUCUCUAAACUCCAAGCCAUCUUCUCUUCGAAGAGUAACGAUUGCCUCUCUACCCAGAAAUAUUGGCAAUGCAGCAACGGUGGCUGGGAUGGAAAACAAUGACCGAUUCAGUAGGAGGUCAAGCAGUUGGCGUAUUUUGGGGUCAAAGCAGAGUGAACACCGGCCCUCAUUACAGCGGUUCAUCAGCACCUACUCCUGGGCAGAUGGUGAAGAAGAGAAAUGUGAGCUCAAAACUAAGGAUGAUGCAGAGCCCCCUGGAGAAGAAACAGUAGAAAGGACAAGAAAGCCAAGUCUUUCUGAAAAGAGGAAUAAUCCAUCGAAAUGGGAUGUCUCUUCAAUCUAUGACACAAUAGCUUCCUGGGCAACAAAUCUCAAGACCUCCAUCAGAAAGGCUAAUAAGGCCCUCUGGCUUUCCGUCGCGUUGAUUGUACUGUUUGCAGCUUUGAUAAGCUUCCUCACAGGCAGAUUUUUCCAGAAGUCCGUGGAUGCCGCCCCCACCCAGGAUGGAGACUCCUGGAUGUCUCUAGAACAUAUCUUGUGGCCAUUUACCAAACUUCGACACAACGGGCCACCACCAGUGUGACCAUAGGAUGUCCUAAUGUGUGUAUCUUGAUUUUUUUUAAAGUUUCAGUAUCUGAAUUUUGUAAAUGAGUAACAUUUAGCUGGGAGAGGAGGGCCUGGAACCAGAGGUUCUCAGAAUGACUAAGAUUUUUAAAUUCCCUCUUUCUGUGAUUACCUUUCCAUGACCUUUUAAUGAGCUUAUUGAGGCGGAUAUAUUAUAUAUAUUGUUAACUUUUGUUGAAAUAAAGGAUCGUUAAAUCUCA